ACGUAUAUUUAAACAGGUUCAGCUUAGUGCACAAUCAAACUCAAUAGCGUAAAGUCUAUCAAUAUGUUUGCCAACAAAGUGGUGCUUGUGACCGGAGGAAGUUCAGGUAUUGGCGCGGCUACUGUAGAGCUGUUCGCUAAAGAAGGAGCAUCAGUCGCCAUCGUCGGCAGAAACGAAACCCGACUGCAGGAAGUCGCUAAGAAAUGCGAACAAUAUGGAGCUCCAACCCUCGUCAUCAAAGCUGAUGUCUCUAAAGAAGAAGAAGCAAAAACUGUCGUUCAACAAACUGUAGACAAAUUUGGGAAACUCGAUGUGCUGGUUAAUAACGCUGGCAUUCUACGCCAUGCGACUGUAACCGACCCCAAAUUGUUGGAGAAUUUUGACGAAAUUAUGAACACGAAUUUGCGUCCUGUGGUCCUUUUAAGCAGUCUUGCUAUUCCUCACCUGAUCGCGUCUAAAGGAAACAUCGUUAACGUAUCCAGUGUUUUGGCUACUUGGAUCAAGAUUCCUGGGACGAUUUCCUACUGCAUGUCCAAAGCUGCUAUGGACCAUUUUACCAGAGGAGCUGCGACAGAGCUAGCUCCUCAUGGUGUCAGGGUAAACUCUAUCAACCCUGGACCGGUCUUGACAGAUAUUGCUACAAACGCCGACAUGCCUAAAGAUUUGAAUCAGGACAAUAUCGUGGAAAAGCUAACUGCUUUAGGCAGAUUUUCUGAAUCUGAAGAGAUUGCUGAAUUGAUCCUGUACCUAGCAAGGGCUCCCAGUGUUACCGGUUCUUGUUAUCUCAUUGAUAAUGGAAUGUAUCUGAAGUAAACUUAUUAAUUUAAAGUACAACUUUUUUGAAUUAAUAAUUAUGUAAGUGUAAUUUUACUUAAUGCAAUAAAAAUCAUUUCUUCAUUUA